AUGGCCACAGAUCAACCGAUAGACGAUCCGAUCGCCCAGGCGGUAGACGGAUUCCAGAAUGCUUUGCUCCGGCGCGCAAAUGACGAAAGGAAACCAGCAGGCCUCAUCUGGGUCGAGCGCCUUCUUGCCCCUAUCACGAACGUAGCCAUCUUCGGCGGCUCCAUCACAUUCAGCGUCGUCAUCGGUUCUCACGACGGUGCAUCGCACUUCAAGUCUGCGCUUCCGACGUUCCUCGCGCUGGCUUGGUUCUUCUUCGUCAUCACGCUUGGCCUCGCGACGGCCGCACAGAUGGCGUUGUCGCAUUAUGAGGACGACCUUAGGGAAGCUUUCAAGCCAGAGGAGUGGACGACGUGGCGAAACCGAGGACGAGCGCAGAAGGACGCCGGUGGAGAUGACCAUAAUCGUGGAGCACGCUUCUUUUGUGCCCUGUUCGUGAAUUUCAAGAUUGGGGACUUACUCUGCGUUACAACAUUACUCGCAUUUGUGUUCCUGUCGCUGUCGGUGGCGGCAUACGAGUUCGCGAUCGGAUUGUUGGCAACAGCAUGCACUGGGUUGUUAACCGUGGGGUUUGUCAUCACAUUUAUCAGGCAGAACAGACAUCUGUUGCGGCGGGCUUGGACUCGACUUCGAAAACUGUUUGGACUUGCGUCUUGA